AUGAGUCUCCCAUUGUCCUCCGACGAGAACCAGCGCUAUACCGCCAUCAUUGACGACAUACUCUCCACUGCUGAUCUCGAGACCAUCUCGCGCAAAAAGGUCCGCCAGGGCCUGGAGAAUGCUCUAGGCGGAAAGGACUUGAGCGAGCAAAAGGAUGCCAUCAAGAAGCUGAUAGAGGAGCGCUUCGACGCCGUCUCUGGCGCUGACCAGGGCGACGCACCCCCUUCUUCCAUGCCCGAUGCCCCGAGCAACAAACGGUCAGCCACCAAUGGCACCUCGUCGCACGACGACCCCUCUGCAUCUCCCGAGCCGGCCAAGAAGAAGACCAAGCGGUCCUCGUCCACCGAAGAUGCCGACGCCCGCCUGGCUGCUCAGCUCCAGGCGCAGGAAAACAGACUCGCGAGGAGCCGUACCACCCGCGGUGGAGGCGACAAGGCGCGAUUGGCCAAGAAGAAGAAGGCCCCGCGCAAGAAGAGCGCCAAAAAGGUCGGCGACGACGAUGACAGCGAGGUGGACGCCAGCGGAGACUCUGCUCCCAAGCGCAAGGCUGGCGGUGGCUUCCAGAAGCCCUUUAUCCUGAGUCCUACCUUGUCAGAGCUGUGCGGUGAAACCCAGCUCUCUCGUCCUCAAGUCGUCAAGAAGUUGUGGGAGCACAUCAAGGCCAACGAUCUUCAAGAUCCCAAGGACAAGCGCCAAAUUCGCUGCGACGAAAAGAUGCAGGCUGUGUUCAAACAGGCCAAGGUCGACAUGUUUCGCAUGAACAAGGACAUUGGGAGCCACCUCUACCCGGUGGAGGAGUAA